GACGGUUCGUAUCUGUAACAAGUAAAUCUCCCAAGCUGUCGUUAAUCCAUUGGGGGUCGAAAGCCGACUUCUGCAACAGUGGGUGGGAAUCAUGCGACGUGUCGCCGUGUUCGUGUUGGUCUUAAGCAUGCCGUCAAUGGCGGCAGCCUUUGCCCCACGACGAUCCUGGACGACCGCGACAACACCAGCCGGAAUAGAAACAGCCGCAACAAUGGCACGCCGAUCCUUAUUGUCCAGUCUCCUCCGAGUCUCCACGGGUACAGAUUCAGAAAAAGAUACAAAUGCAAGUACGGAUUCGAUCCAAACCGACAGUGUCGUUACUGAGGCCAGCGCACGCAAUUCCAAGCUGGUUCGCAAUGUUCCCCCCUUUCAGCGCAUUCUCGCAGCGAAUCGCGCCGAAAUUGCUGUCCGUAUCAUGCGAGCGGCGACGGAACUCAACGCUGGUACGGUAGCCAUGUACACACACGAAGAUCGCUAUUCGCAGCACCGUUGGGGGGCCGAUCAGAGCUUUUUGCUCGACAAAAAAAACCCCACGAGUUCGCCCAUUUCGGCCUAUUUGGACAUUCCGCAGAUAAUACGUCUCGCCCUGGAUGCUGGUGUCGAUGCUAUCCAUCCAGGCUACGGAUUUCUGUCGGAAAGCCCAGAAUUCGCGCAAGCGUGUGCUGACGCCAGCAUUACCUUUGUUGGACCAACGGUGGAAAACCUUCAGCGAUUUUCCGAUAAGACCUCCGCCCGACAAGCCGCCAUCGAAGCCGACGUUCCCGUCGUGCCCGGAUCGGACGGUGCUUUGGAAACCGAAGCAGAUGUUACGGCUUUCGUCGAAGCCAACGGAUUGCCCGUCAUUCUCAAAGCUGCCAUGGGGGGCGGGGGCAAAGGCAUGCGGGUGGUUCGUCGUAUGGAAGACUUGAUUCCCUUCUUCCAAGCCGCCAGCAGUGAAGCGCUCGCGAGUUUCGGGGACGGCGCAGUCUUUGUUGAACGCUUCGUGGAACGUCCGCGACACAUUGAAGUGCAAAUUAUUGGAGACGGGACCGGCAAUGUGGUACACUUGUGGGAACGCGAUUGCAGUAUCCAACGUCGCCACCAAAAGGUUAUCGAAAUGGCACCCGCCUGGACACUGCCGGACGAACUACGAGCACAGCUACAUGAAUACGCCGUCCGACUCACAUCACAAGCCAAGUACAAGAACGCCGGGACAGUAGAGUUUUUGAUUGAUGCGGAACUGCGUCCUUACUUUAUCGAAGUCAAUCCCCGCAUUCAGGUCGAACACACCGUCACGGAAGAAGUGACGGGAAUCGAUUUGGUCCAGGCCCAGAUCAAAAUUGCCGCCGGAGCUACGCUGGAGGAAGUUGGUUUGGUUCAAGCGAAUAUUCAACCCCGUGGUGUAGCGAUCCAGUGCCGUGUGACGACGGAAAAUCCCGAGCGAGACUUUGCCCCCGAUACCGGGACCGUAACCCUCUAUCGUCACUCCGCCGGUAAGGGUGUUCGAAUGGACGGCAUUGGAUACUCCGGAAUGACUAUUACGCCUUACUUUGACUCCAUGAUUGUCAAGUACACGGCGCUGGGUGCGAACUUUCCGGAAACGGUCGCACGGAUGAAGCGUGUUUUGCAAGAGUGCCGCAUUCGGGGAGUCAAAACCAAUGUUGGAUUCUUACUCAACGUCUUGUCGCAUCCCGAGUUCGAGACGGGUAUCGUUACGACAUCCUUUAUCGACGAAAAUCCGCAACUGAAACAAACGAGCAUGUCCAUGUACGACUUUGCGUCGGAAGAACAAGCCGAUCCGCGGAAGACUUUCGCAACAGAACGUUUGGUACGAUAUCUGGCCAACUUGGCCGUCAACGGACAACCACCCGAGUUGGGCGCCGACUCCCAAAAACUUACCCGUACCACCGCCAUCGCGGAUAUUCCCGCUCCCGAGAUUCGCUCCGAGGGAAAUGCUGCCGUUCCUUCCGAUGAGUCGCCAAAUCAACCCGGUUGGCGUCAUCUGUUGCUCGAACAAGGACCAAAAGCCUACGCCAAGGCCGUCCGCGAGCACCAAGGUUUGCUUAUCACGGAUACCACUUGGCGUGACGCGCACCAGUCAUUACUGGCGACCCGCAUGCGGACGCAAGAACUCAUCAAGAGCGCCGAUUACACCAACAUGGCUCUCGCUAACGCCUUUUCCCUAGAAAUGUGGGGUGGUGCCACAUUUGACGUGGCCAUGCGAUUUUUGCGCGAAUGUCCCUGGGAGAGACUGGAAGCAUUACGGGAAAAAGUACCCAAUGUGCCCUUUCAAAUGUUACUGCGGGGUGCCAACGCCGUUGGAUACACGAACUACGCUGACAAUGUCGUGCACAAGUUUUGCAAGCAAGCACACGAUUCGGGUGUUGAUGUUUUUCGUGUGUUUGAUUCAUUGAAUUACAUUGAGAAUCUUCAGUUGGGUGUCGACGCAGCCGGAGAAGCCGGUGGCUUUGUCGAAGGUGCCAUGUCGUACACGGGAGACGUUGCGGAUCCCACCAAGGGCAAGUAUUCGUUGGAGUACUACAUGAACUUGGCCAGCGAGUUGGUCGACAUGGGCGUCCACUCUCUCGCAAUCAAAGACAUGGCCGGUCUCCUGACACCCAAGGCUUCCACAUUAUUGGUCAGUGCCUUACGCGAAGCCCAUCCGGAUAUUCCUAUUCAUGUACACACACACGAUACGGCCGGGAGCGGAGUGGCUUCCAUGCUGGCUGCUGCACAAGCCGGUGCCGAUAUUGUGGAUUCGUCAAUGGAUGCUUUUUCCGGAAUGACAUCGCAGCCCUCGCUAGGUGCGCUCGUGGCCAACUUGGCGGGAACCGAGCGUGACACCGGCAUUCAGCUUUCGAACCUGCCACCACUUAAUUCGUACUGGGAAGACGUGCGUUCGCUGUACGCUCCGUUCGAGUCGGGGCAACUGAGUGGGUCGUCUGAUGUUUACUUCCACGAAAUUCCGGGCGGUCAGUAUACCAAUCUACUUUUCCAGUCCAAGCAACUCGGUUUGAGUGAUCGCUGGACAGAAAUCAAAACGAAGUAUGCUGAAGCCAAUAUUAUUUUAGGUGACAUCCCCAAAGUCACACCUUCGUCCAAGGUUGUCGGUGACUUGGCACAGUUUUUAGUCUCCCAAAACUUGGAAGCGAAUGAGGUAUUGGAAAAGGCCGAUACUUUGGCUUUUCCUGACUCGGUUAUCAACUACUUAAAGGGAGAUAUUGGUGUCCCUCCAGGGGGAUUUCCGGAACCGUUGCGAAACAAGGUAUUGCAAAGUCGGAACUUGGAACCGAUCGAAGGACGACCCGGAAAGUUCUUGCCUGAUUACAACUUUGACAAGGAACGUGAGUUGCUAGAAAAACGUUUCGGGAAGGCCAACAUUGACGAGAAGGAUUGCCUUUCGUACGCGUUGUACCCGGAUGUCUUCACGGAAUGGAAAGAUUUUCAAGCUUUGUACGGUGACGUUGGCAAACUCCCAACUCGCUUGUUCCUCAACCCAAUGCAAGUAGGCGACGAAGUUGAAAUUGAAAUCGCAAAGGGCCAGACCUUGAUCGUGGAACUCGUUUCUAUCCAAGACGUGAAGGAGGACGGUACCCGCACCGUCAUUUUUGAAGUCAACGGUGAACCCUGGUACAUGCCGGUAACGGACCAGAACUUGUUAGGAGAUUCGGCGGUUCGCGAAAAGGCGGUCGCUCCUGGUCAAGUCGGCGCGUCCAUGCCAGGAGUGGUAGUUGGCUUGAAAGUUAAAGCAGGAGACACCGUACAAGAAGGUGAAACCGUAGCGACCUUGUCGGCCAUGAAGAUGGAAACCUCAAUUCCGGCGACGGCAUCGGGUGUUAUCAAGCGUGUGCUUGUCAACGUGGGCGACAAGGUCAACGGAGACGAUCUCAUCCUUGAGAUUGAAUAA